CUAGGUGUGAAUAAAUACUGUGGUGGUGCUAGGCCUUAGGUGACCUAGUAUAUGUAGCCAAAAGGGCGGGGACAGUUGCUUAUCUUCAAAAAUUACUUGGUAUCUACAACGGCGUUAGGUAAUUGAGUACUACUUUAGAUAUCGUGUAGUUUUUUUUCCACCGAGGACUAUUUAUUCUUUUUAUUUUAUUAUAGCUUUGCCAAUGCAACUAACCUCCUCCUGUAUCGUAACGUAUACCUAUAUCCAUACCUUUUAAAGAAAAGAAGAAAAAAAAAUAUAGAAUAAGAAAAGAUGGACGACUCCAAGGGUCUCGCGCUCGCUAUCGAGGAAGCCACAAUAGGCUACCAGGAAGGAGGUGUUCCGAUCGGCGCCGCCCUCGUCGCCGCUGACGGCACGGUCCUCGGUCGCGGACGCAACAUGCGGGUUCAGAAUGGGAACCCGAUUCUUCAUGGCGAGACGUCGUGUCUGCAGAACGCGGGCCGGCUGCCUUCGUCGGCGUAUAAGGGCAGCACCAUGUACACGACGCUGUCGCCGUGCGAUAUGUGCACCGGCGCCUGCCUCCUCUACGGCAUCGCCCGCGUCGUCAUCGGCGAGAACAAGACGUUCGUCGGCGGCGAGGCGUACCUGAAGCGGCGCGGCGUCGAGGUCGUCGUGCUGGAGUCGGCCGAGUGCAAGGAGUUGAUGGAUAGGUUUAUCGCGGAGAAGCCUGAGGUUUGGAACGAGGAUAUCGGUGUCGAGGAGAGAGUUUAUUCUCGGGAGAACAUUAAGGUGAAUUAGGGGUCUGGUAUCAUUAUUUAUAGGUCCUAGGCAGAUGUGAACAAGAAGUUAUAUGCAUGCCUUGAUCACUUAUCACUAAAUGGUGCCUGGCUAAAGAUCCGAACACGUCUUAUAGAACAUAAUCAACUAAGCAAGGCAUAGCGAGUUCGGUACCAUAAAU